AUGUCCUUCCGCGACCCCUACCACGGGCGUCGCUACGACCCGCCCCCACGAUCCAACCAUGAUAUGGAUGACGCAGACACAUACCCUUCCGGCUCCAAUAGUCCCGGCAGCUACCAGGACCAUGGCCCAGGCUUUUACAAUAACGACGGAAAUUAUGACCCAUAUCCACCCCAAGACAGCGACUCCGAAGGUUCCGGGCCGGCACCCACUUCCACUUAUGCCGAAUACCCGACUGCCGCUGGCCAAGUUCCUGAAGCAUACCCCGCCUGGUCUACAGAACGAGAUAUCCCACUGUCGAAGGAAGAGAUUGAAGACGUGUUUCUUGACCUCGCUCAGAAGUUUGGCUUCCAACGAGAUAAUGAACGCAAUAUGUCGGACUUUCUAUUGCAACUGCUUGACAGCCGGGCCUCGCGCAUGUCGCCAAACCAGGCUCUGAUCACCGUUCACGCUGACUACAUCGGUGGCCAUCAAGCCAAUUAUCGCAAAUGGUACUUCGCUGCGCAGCUGGACCUCGAUGAUGCGGUGGGGAAAGUUCAGAAUCCUGGACUGGACCGUCUGCAGUCGAAACGACGACCAAAUCGACGAGCGCAGCAUGAGAAAUCCUUGCUCAAAGCAAUGGAACAUUGGAGACAGGCAAUGCACAAUAUGACUCAAUACGACCGGCUCCGUCAAGUGGCAUUAUAUUUACUUUGCUGGGGCGAAGGCGCACAAAUUCGAUUUUGUCCUGAAGCCCUCUGCUUCAUCUUCAAAUGUGCCGAUGAUUACUAUCGCUCGCCCGAGUGCCAAAGUAAAGUCGACCCCCUUCCUGAAGGCCACUAUCUCCACACUGUGGUCCGCCCAUUGUAUCGCUUCAUCCGAGACCAGGGUUACGAACUUUCUGAAGGCAAGUAUGUCCGACGAGAGCGGGAUCACGAGGACAUCAUUGGUUAUGACGACGUCAAUCAGCUAUUCUGGUAUCCAGAAGGUAUUGCCCGUAUUGUUUUGAAUGAUACGCGGAAACUCGUAGCGAUUCCUCCUCAACAACGAUUUCUUGCGUUUGAGCGCGUCGACUGGAAUCGCGUCUUUUUCAAGACAUAUUACGAAAAGCGAUCGUUUGGCCACCUAUUGGUGAAUUUCAACCGGAUAUGGGUCAUCCAUGUCGCGAUGUACUGGUUCUACACCUCCUUCAACUCACCCACUGUCUAUGCUUUCCGCCAUGUUACAUCUCGUGCGAUGACGUGGAGUGCUGUAGCCUUAGGUGGCGCUGUUGCCACGCUCAUCAUGAUUCUGGCUACUAUCGCUGAAUUCUGGUACAUCCCCCCAACUUGGAACAACACUUCCCAUUUGACGCGCCGACUUAUGUUCCUUUUUGUCACCCUUGCUCUCACCUGCGGUCCUACAUUUUAUGUCGCCAUCGCAGAACAGCAGGGAAAUGCGGGUCAACUUGCCCUCAUCCUCGGCAUUGCACAGUUCUUCAUCUCAGUCGCAGCAACACUGCUUUUCGCAAUCUUGCCCUCUGGACGGAUGUUUGGCGAUCGAGUCGCGGGAAAGUCGCGAAAAUAUCUUGCCAGUCAGACUUUUACUGCGUCUUAUCCAGCAUUAAGCAAGAAGGCCCGUGCCUCCUCGAUCUUACUCUGGAUGCUUGUUUUCGGCUGCAAGCUCACUGAAUCAUACUUCUUCCUUACCCUCUCGAUCCGGGACCCCAUUAGGGUCAUGGUCGGAAUGAAGAUCCAGAAUUGCAGCGACAAAUUCUUUGGCAAUGCUCUGUGUCGCAACCAUGUCGCAUUCACUUUGACGUUGAUGUAUGUCAUGGACCUUGUCCUCUUUUUCCUCGACACUUUCCUUUGGUAUGUCAUCUGGAACACCAUCUUCAGCAUCAUCCGGGCAUUCUCGUUGGGCUUGUCGAUAUGGACACCAUGGACGGAAAUGUAUACGCGACUACCCAAACGGAUCUAUUCGAAAGUGCUCGCCACCAACGACAUGGAAAUCAAAUACCACCCCAAGGUCCUCGUCUCGCAAAUCUGGAAUGCCAUCAUUAUAUCCAUGUACCGCGAGCAUCUGCUUUCCAUUGAGCACGUGCAGAAGCUUUUGUACUCUCAAGUCGACACGGGCGAUCCAGGAAAGCGCAGCUUACGCGCCCCACCAUUCUUCAUCUCCCACGGAGAUGGUUCUUUCUUCCCGCCUGGUAGUGAAGCGGAACGACGAAUCUCGUUCUUUGCCCAGUCGCUGACGACUGACAUACCACAACCCCUACCUGUUGAUGCUAUGCCGACUUUUACGGUAUUGACGCCUCAUUAUAGCGAGAAGAUUCUUCUAGCACUUCGAGAAAUUAUUCGUGAGGAAGACCAACAGACGCGCGUAACCCUGCUCGAGUACCUCAAGCAGUUGCACCCGCUUGAAUGGGAAAAUUUCGUCAAGGAUACCAAAAUAUUAGCAGAAGAAACAGAGAUGUUUAAUGGCCAGAACCCGCUGGGAGACAACGAAAAGGCGAAACAAGAUGAUUUGGCCUUCAACUUUCUUGGUUUCAAGAGCGCUGCGCCGGAAUUCACCCUUCGGACACGCAUUUGGGCGUCUCUCCGUGCCCAGACCCUGUACCGAACGGUAUCUGGAAUGAUGAACUACGCGAAAGCCAUCAAGUUGCUUUAUCGAGUGGAAAAUCCAGAAGUCGUACAGCUGUUUGGCGGAAACACAGAUCGUCUCGAACGCGAGUUGGAAAGCAUGGCGCGCCGCAAGUUCAAGUUUGUCGUGUCGAUGCAGAGAUAUAGCAAAUUCAACAAAGAAGAGCACGAAAACGCCGAAUUCCUCCUGCGAGCCUAUCCAGAUCUUCAAAUAGCCUAUUUGGAUGAGGAGCCUGCGGCGAAGGAGGGCGGAGAAGCUAGAAUAUUUUCCGCAUUGAUUGAUGGACAUAGCGAGUUUCUACCCGCAACUGGCAAGAGGAAGCCCAAAUUCCGUAUCGAGCUCCCAGGCAAUCCUAUCCUUGGGGACGGCAAAUCGGAUAACCAGAACCACGCAAUCAUUUUCUAUCGUGGCGAGUAUCUGCAGCUCAUCGACGCGAAUCAAGACAACUAUCUCGAAGAAUGCCUCAAAAUUCGGAAUGUCCUGGGCGAAUUCGAGGAGUAUUCGGUUUCGGAACAGAGCCCAUACGCCAACUGGAACGCGAAGGAGUUCAAUCGUACACCUGUCGCCAUUGUUGGUGCACGUGAAUAUAUCUUCUCUGAGAAUAUCGGUAUUCUUGGCGAUCUUGCAGCGGGCAAGGAACAAACAUUUGGUACACUUUCGGCGCGAUCAAUGGCUUGGAUUGGCGGAAAGCUGCACUACGGCCAUCCAGAUUUUCUCAAUGCUUUGUAUAUGAACACUCGUGGCGGCGUCUCCAAGGCUCAAAAAGGCUUGCAUCUUAACGAAGAUAUCUACGCCGGCAUGAAUGCUUUCGGUCGUGGUGCAAGAAUCAAGCACACUGAGUACUACCAAUGUGGCAAGGGGCGUGACCUCGGGUUUGGGACCAUCCUCAACUUCUCAACCAAGAUUGGUACCGGAAUGGGAGAGCAGAUGUUGAGUCGAGAGUACUAUUACCUCGGCACGCAGCUCCCUAUCGACCGGUUCCUCACAUUUUACUACGGUCAUCCGGGCUUCCACAUCAACAAUAUGCUGGUAAUCCUGUCUGUGCAAGUUUUCAUCUUGACGAUGCUGUUCCUUGGCACUUUAAACUCGUCUGUCACGAUCUGUGAGUAUACAUCGAGUGGCCAACUGAUUCGUGGCAUGGACGGAUGCUACAAUCUCACCCCAGUCUUCGAAUGGAUUCAUCGAUGCAUUUUCAGUUUACUGCUCGUCUUCCUAAUCGCUUUCCUACCGUUGUUCAUGCAAGAACUUACGGAGCGGGGCACCUGGAAAGCUGUACUUCGACUGGGAAAACAAUUCGGUUCAUUUUCACCGUUUUUCGAAAUUUUCUCGACCCAGAUAUACACCCACUCAAUAUUGAGCAACUUGACCUUUGGUGGUGCUCGUUAUAUCGCUACUGGCCGCGGUUUUGCGACAGCACGAAUCAGCUUCAGCACGCUGUUCUCACGGUUUGCGGGGCCCAGCAUCUAUUUGGGCAUACGAACACUGCUUAUGUUGCUCUACGUGACCUUGUCGUUCUGGACGCCGUACCUCAUUUACUUCUGGGUAUCAAUCACCGCGCUAUGUCUCGCCCCGUUCAUGUUCAACCCCCACCAAUUUGUCAUCUCCGACUUCCUCGUUGAUUAUAGGCAUGUUGGCUUUUGUUUAUUUUUUAUGCUCCCUGAUGUGUUUUACAGAGAAUUCCUUCGUUGGAUGUCCCGCGGCAAUUCGAGGUCGCAUGCUAAUUCGUGGAUUGGCUACUGUCGUCUUUCACGGACCACGAUUACUGGCUACAAGAAGAAGAAACUUGGUCAUCCCUCCGAAAAACUGUCUGGUGAUGUCCCUCGUGCCAGUUGGAGAGCGGUUUUGUUCUCGGAGAUUAUAUUCCCUAUCGUGAUGGCAGUUAUCAUGAUCAUCGCCUAUAUGUUCGUGAAGGCCUUUCCGGACGCGAGUGGGCAGUAUCCCGCCAGCCCGCUUAUCCGGAUAGCCGUUGUCUCGUUGGGUCCUAUCGUUUGGAAUGCGGCAGUCCUUAUCGUCUGCUUCUUUAUCUCCCUCUUCCUUGGGCCCAUGCUCGACACCAAGUAUCCGAUGUUUGGGUCGAUCAUGGCGUUCAUUGCGCAUGCUCUGGCGGCUAUCGGAAUGCUGGCGUUCUUCGAGUUUCUGUGGUUUUUGGAACUUUGGGACGUGUCGCAUGCAGCCCUUGGACUCGUCACUGUCAUUGCUAUCCAGCGCGCAAUCCAAAAAGUGGUUGUCUCUGUCAUCCUCACGAGAGAAUUCAAGCAUGACGAAACAAAUCGGGCGUGGUGGACCGGCAAAUGGUACGGUCGAGGGCUUGGCGCGCAUGUUAUGUCGCAGCCAGCACGGGAGUUGCUGGUGAAAAUCAUCGAGUUGUCUCUCUGGAGCUCAGACCUGUUCCUGGGUCAUAUUCUCAUGUUCAUGCUGACGCUUCCGAUGUUGAUUCCCUAUUUUGACCGGAUACACGCGACAUGUUUGUUCUGGCUGCAACCUUCGCAGCAAAUACGACCGGGUGUGUUCCCGAUCAAGCAGAAGAAACAACGUCGGAGGAUUAUGAUCAAAUAUGGUAUCGUCUAUGUAAUUGCGAUACUGAUAUUCGCUGCUCUUCUGGCACUACCUAUAAUUUUCCGCUCCUCCCUGCAUUCUCGCUGUUCUCUUUGCCAUGUUAUCUAA